AAGAAGCAGAAACCGCAGGAGCUACUGGACCACAUAAUUUCCAUGUCCAUUCAUCGCUCGCGCUUCGCUAUUUUUGUCGUUCUCCUGUGCGGAGGACACAAGAUGAGGGAUUAGAGAAAGUGAGCAGUAUUUUCGAUGCCCACACGACCGUAUCUACAAUUUUUGCGCAAAGUACGUAGUUGUAGUCAGACGAUCAACCGAGGCAGGCAAUGUAAGUACCCUUGCUCUCUGACUGUGACGAGAAGAUAACGUGUUUCACUUUCGCGCCGCCGGCUAGUACGAUUCAUCGGUUCAAGUCGCGCAUCUGCAUUUCCACUUACGAUCCUGCGUCCCCUUCGCGGCAGAACCGCGGCACUGACUGUUCCUGCCUUUGGAACAAAGGAGCCUAGCCAGUACCUGUAAAUCUCGUCGCCAUCAGGAGCAGCUCCGUCUCCUUCGCUCGAGUGGUCCUAUGAGGACCUGAGAACUACCACCAGAGGCCCAUUCCCAUCCUGAUCUCCAUCAUGGCGCAACGCGAGUCGCGAAAAAAAUGCGCCAUGGAAGGGUGCUGCAAGGCGGCGGCAGCAGGCUCGACGUUUUGUCUAGACGAGCGACACAGGUAAGGCUAACGACUGUGAUCUUCUUUGCUCUGCAUGAUGAUGAUUGAAGGGCGCGUGAGAAUUAUUAAGCGAAGAGAAAUGUCAACUCGGCUUCACGAUGAAGAGGAAUGUUUCAAUCAAUAUGCACGUUCAAAUAUUCUGAUUACCUCCAAUGCGUGCGUUCCCAAUUAAUACGAAUACCAGGUUCAAAUGCGCUGUGGUUGGUUGCGACCAGCCCCAGCGGGUGCUGGUUACGGGCAAGAAAUACGGCAAGUACUGCGAGAAGCACAAAAACUACAAACCGCCCCCGACGAAGAAGACCACUGUGCCGGUUAAUACUAUUCCCGUGCAGAUGGACGUCGCAGCGGCAGCAGUUACUGAUGUACAACUACCUGUUGUAGCACGACAACAGCAGCACCAGCAGCCACCCGUAAAAUCCCUCCCGCCCCCUGCGGUAGUCGCAGCAGCGCAAAAAAAUCACGCUUCGUUUCCGUUUCCUGGAGGAGCGGGGGGACCAGCACGCGCCGUCCCGUCGAAGCAGGUGCGCAGCAAGCAGACCACCGGAGGAAAGAAACAGCAGUCGAAGCAAAUCCUUCAGGAGGAAGUGACUACCGGAAUUAUCACCGGCACAGGCGGUCAUAACAACUUCUCCAGCACGGAGGAGGUGAAUCAGCAAAGUGCAUUAGGAGCCGUUGGAAACAAUUCGAAGAAGCAAGAAAAUAACGGUGCGAAAAACUACAAGCGCGCUCGGAACAACAAGGCUAUUAAGGCCGCGCAGCUGGCGCCGAGUCAGCUGGAGUACGAAGAGGACGAGGAUAAUACCUCCGAGUUGGUGCAGCCGGUACCACCACAACACAAAGGCAAAGCUGCAAAUAAACAAGGCGCGAUGAAGAAGAAAAGCAGCAAAGAAUCUUCCACAGGAGCGGCUGUCAGAAACAAGAUGAAAGCAGUGUCGAAAGAGAGCUCCUGCUGCACAACUGGAACUACUGGUGCUGCUGUGAAUAAGAAGAAAAAGCCGUCUUCAAAACAAGCAGCUCCUGCAGAAGUCCUCGCUGUUGGCAAUAAUGGUGCUUCGUCCUCCAGCACCUCCCUCGCCGCAUCACCGGAACUCUCUACCACGAUGCAGCCACCGAUAGGGGGAUAUGCAAUACAACUUUCCCGUACAUGCAUAUAGACGCAUCACAAAUUUCACGAAUUUGGAGUGCAACACUUGUCAUGCUGAACUAGGAUCGAAGCCCAAUUUUGUCAUGCAGAGACAGCAUUUGUACGUGUACGGGAAAUUUCUUGUGGAUUUAGGAGCUGCGGUAAAAACAAUUAGCGGCUUCAACAAAACCACCUCCACCAGCACCACAGCUGCAUCUUCCAUGUCUAGCAAAAACCAAAAGCCGAAGUGCCGACAGCCGGGGUGCUACUUCCUCGCGGUGGACCCGUGUGGGGACUGCGGGUACUUAUCGAAGAAAGAAAAUGUGAGUGUAAGUGUAACUUCUUUGCAGAAACAGCAUCACAGAUUUGUUUUGCAUGACAGAGAAAACCUGUCAUGCGUAGGUAGUAUGCGAAAACACGUCUGAAAAUAGCCUGUGAUGCAUAUCCAGCAUGACAAGUUGUGUCAGUGUUUUGCAACAUCUGCAAGACAAAGUUACACUUGUUUUUUUUUCUUGCAUAGUACUGUGCCGAAAAGCACUACUGCUGGGGCGCGGUCCCGAACUGCUGGGUGCGGGUGAACCAAUUCGCCACCUUCUGCACCAGUUGCACGAUCCUGAACGCGGCCGAGAGGCAGAAAAUAAAGCAGCAGAAGAAGACGAGUAAGAGCAGCUCGUUUUUCAGUGGGCGGGAAGAGGACGAGUUCUGCGAGGCAGAGGAGGAAUCGUCGUCGUCUUUCUCCUUUCGGGCGGGCAUCACAUCCCCGGCGCCGAAGAAGCGACGGCUGAUUGUUUAAAGGCAAACUGAAACUUUGCUUUCGUUGGGCCUAGUACGCCUCAUGCGGCGAGAGGAACAAGACAUGGAUAGAAGGCAAUUAUGACUGCUCACAGUCGUCGGCGCCAGCACUGACUGGCUCUGUAUGGACAAAGUCGCUGUUUGUCAUCAAUCUACUAUUGAAUCGUGUCCUAUUGAUGUAUUCACUUUGCGAGCCUAGUACUUGUGACACAUUGUACUUCAUCAACUUUCAUCUCUAAAUCGCUAUCAACGGAGACUUUACCAAUGGUGGAAUCAACAGAAUCGUCGUUGUUGACACGUUCUUGUACGGCUUAGCUCACUUCCAUUAAAAUCGUUUUCAAUUUAUAGUUUUCAUCAGAACCAACUUUCUUGUAUCAAAUAUCGACACUACGACGACUUACUUUGUCUUCGACCUACGUUUACGUAAACGAGAUUUUCUCUACUCAGGAGUUCUCUAAGAACUUCAUCCGGUUCCCAGCUUGAGCUUUCUGCAAGCUAUAACUAGCAAGACUCAGCACAAUCACAAGUAUAUAAAAACACAAAUUACGCCACAGUGACGUAUAAAUAUCAAGGUCGUGCGGUCCAACGGCUACUACCUACGUACUACAGGUAGCCUUAGAGGACCCAUGACAAAUAAAAAAAAACAACCAUUUUCCGGUUUUUGUCGAGCUUCUUGAACACUCGCUGUACAACUUUCAGCGCAGUUGUGACAGACUUUUGCUUAUCUUUAUUUCGCUUUAUUGUAUGACAACCUGAAGCUGAAAAACAAAAAUCGUGCCCGCCAGACUGCUCGCCGAGCCCGAGCCCGAACGCAUCAUCGGAGUCGAUACGAAAGUGACUGGUACGUGUAUUAACCAUCUGCCAACAGCGGAGGUAAAAAGGAGCAGAUUCAUCACGGUUUUUU